AUGACUUUGCUUUUUUGCACGUGUUGGCUCGGCUUGGCUUGUGGUCCGAAGCCGGGGGUCCUCUUCUUCCUACCACUUUCUGCAUCUCUUUUACGUGUUCAUUUUGAUAAAUGGAGAAACCUUUCUCCAACUAAUCAUCCAUCAUCUCCUUACAUGGAAGUACAGCUCAUAACUCCGUCGCCGGCCGUCGACUUCAACUACGACAGCGCCUCCACUUCUCCAUACGCCACCGCACCUUCAAGCCCUCAGUCCACCAUUCCUUUCAUCUGGGAAGAAAAACCAGGGAUCCCCAAGCAAAAUAAUGAUGAUAAUUGUGAAGAUGAUGUAAAUGAAGAUACGGAUUUUGCAUUCGGGAAUUUGGAACGCCAUUCUAUCUCCGCCGCCGACGAGCUCUUUGAUUGCGGCAAGAUCAAGCCAUUAAAACCACCACCACGUCUGCAUUUCUCUAACGAUUCCCCAAAAUCACCGAAAUCGCCAAAAUUACGGUUCAAGGAAGCAUUAUCUCCACGGAGUAAGAAGAAGGAUUUCGAUCCUUUCUCUGAGGCAUUAAAGCAAACAUCUGGUGAGCAGACUCAACUCGAAUCGCAACGAGGACGAGAACGAACGGAGAGAACCACCAGACACAAAGGAUCUCGAUCUCUGUCGCCAUUCAGAGACUCUGAUCUUGUAAACGAUCAGAAAAACUCAACGGAUCAAUCAUCACCGACGGCUUUAACGUGGUACAAUAAGUGGAACCUCAAGAACCUGUUGCUGUUUCGAAGUGCGUCGGAAGGAAACGUGACAACCAGAAAAGAUACAUUGAAGAAAUACACGAUGCUAAAGAAGAACGAUCGCGAUGUCAAGACCUUUAGCUUCAGAAGCAACGAUAGUGGUGGUAGUGGUGGUUCGCAGAAGGUGUCGGCCGAUGAAAUAAAUUUGACGGCGAACAAGGCGGUGGCGGAGGAGAUGAGGAAGAAGACAACCUUGCCCCAUAAAUCAGGGUUAAUGGGGUGCUUAAGGUUUCAUCAAAAUGCAGGAAGCGUUCAUGAGAUCUCCAGAGGAAUCAACUCUGUUAUGAAACAACAACGACAUUGAAUUGAAUAAAAAAAAAACUCAGACAUGUCUGGUACAUUAUUGCUGGUACGAUCGCACCUGAAAUUAUAUCAGAUUCCUUCUGAUUCUUUGUUCAUCACAUACAUGUAACGUCACGGUUUGUUCA